AUGAUGCCCUGUUACUCCUGUCCCGGUCUGAUGAAUAUGCCUGCUUGUCCAUCCUGGCUGUAAGACCCAUAGCGUUCUGUUAGGUCUAUCCUCUCUUCUACUUAAUCUCCGCCCACCACGAACUCGGGUCGUUCUCUCACUAACAAAAAGUCGUUGCCCAUAGUGGAGUUCCGUGGCCGUCUGGGAUAGCCCGGCAUCCCUAUAUAGAGGGUGCGCUCUCUGUUCCCGCGAGAGGGAAGGGGCUGGAAAACGUGUCAUAAAAAUUGCUGAGAACAACGCUGUCUGUGGGCUGACCGUGACCGCAGACAAGAAACAAACGGUCGAAACGGAAAAAAACCGAAAAAAACACCAAUUACUCUCUUACUCGUCCUGCCUAUUCUCCUUCUUCCCCUCAUUUCCUUUUUCGCCGCCGAAAUCGUCAGACUGACAGGGUGAGUCCACUCACUCUGGCCGCCUGGAAUGUUCGUUCCCUUAUAGACAAUCCGAGGGACAACCGACCGGAACGGAGGACAGCGUUAGUGACUCGGGAACUGGCGGGCUGCAAGGUCGACAUCGCCGCACUCAGCGAGGCCCGACUCUCCGAACAGGGCCAACUGGAGGAGGUGGGUGCCGGCUAACCUUCUUCUGGAGCGGUCGACGCAAGGCAGAGCGUCGGGACGCGGAUGUCGCCUUCGCCAUCCGGAACGACAUCGUGGGACGACUGCCCUGCUUGUUGCAGGGCAUCAACGAUCGCCUGAUGAGCCUCCGUCUGACACUCUGGGAAGGCAAUUUCGCCACCACCAUCAGCACCUACGCUCCGCCGAUGAGCAGUCCCGACGCCGCCGCCGCCGCCGCAAGAGACAAAUUCUACGAGGACCUGCACGCUCUCUUGGUAACUGUGUCGAAGGCGGGCAAGUUUAUUGUCCUUGGUGGCUUCAACGUCCGCGUCAGCACAGACCAUGCUGCCUGGAGAGGAGUGCUGGGUCCCCAUGGUCUCUGCAGCUCAAAUGAAAAUGGCAUGCUGCUUCUCCGCACCUACGCCGAACACCGCACCAUUCUGACGAACACCUCCUUCUGCCUGCCGGAGCGGGAGAAGGCCACCUGGAGGCAUCCUCGGUCGCGUCAGUGGCACCUGCUGGACUAUGUCCUCGACCGGAGACGAGAUCAGCGGGACGUGCUGAUGCCAACAGCGAUCGCGAGCGCUGACGGGUGGACCAACCAUCGUCUCGUCAUCUCGAAGAUGAGUAUUCGCCUACAGUCUCGCAGGAGACCACAAGGUAAGCGACCCCCUGGUAACCUGAAUGUUGCCUUACUGUCUUUGCCGGCUCACCAUCUCCAUUUCAGCAAUGAGCUAGCUCAAAGGCUAGACAACCUUCCUAUCGCGCCGCCUCCGACGCCGCCGCUGCCGAAAACGCCUCCGUGGAGAACCAACGGUGCCAACUACGAGACACGGUCCAGACGACGGCGCUGGCCGACCUCGGUCGCGCACGCCGCCAACACCACGACUGCUUCAACGACAACGACGCCGUCAUCAGCAAUCUGCUGGCCGAGAAGAAUUGCCUACACAAAGCCUACGUAGACCACCCCAUCGACGAAAACAGAGCUGCUUUUUACCGCAGUCGCCGCCACCUUCAGCAAUGACUGCGCGAGGUGCAGGACGCCUGGACGGCUUGCAGGGCUGAGAAGAUCCAAGGGUACGCGGAUAACAACGAAUGGAAGAACUUCUCCUCCACGAUCAAAGCUGUCUACGGUGUGCCGACGAAAGGCACCGCUACUCUCCUCAGCGCCGACGGUAAUACCCUACUCACCGAGAAGACACAAAUACUACAGCGAUGGGCCGAACAGUUCCGAGGUCCCCUCAACCGCCCCUCCACCAUCUCUGACGCCGUAAUAGCCCGCUUACCCCAGGUAGAGACCAACGUGGACCUCGACCUCCCGCCAUCUCUCCAGAAAACCAUCAAGGCCGUGCAGCAGCUCUUCAGCGGGAGAGCGCUCUGA